AUGGGUAGCUGCUUGGCCGGGGAUACCCGGUUGAAGCGCAAGCAGCGCGGCGGGGAGGUUAGCCCCCGCAGGCGCAAGAAGCUGAAGCAGCUGCUGCUGCAGAUGCAGGCAGUGCUGCAAGAGAGGGUGGCGCACGGGGGAGGACCGGGGACAGGAGGAAGAGCAGCCAAAGCAGAGGGAAAGCAGGAGGCUGCGAGUGGAGCUGUCAGGCUGGGAGUAAAGCAGGAGGCUUCAGAUGGUUCUGGGCCCUCGUGUGGCUUCACAGUCCGUCCCGACGCUCUCUGUGCUUCAAGGUGUCAUCUCUACUCCUGCUGCUGCUGUCGCUCUGCCACUCUUUGCUCUGCUCCUCCUCCUACCUCUGCUCCUCCUACCUCUGCUCCUCCUCCUACCUCUGCUCCUCCUACCUCUGCUCCUCCUCCUACCUCUGCUCCUCCUCCUACCUCUGCUCCUCCUCCUACCUCUGCUCCUCCUCCUACCUCUGCUCCUCCUACUACCUCUGCUCCUCCUCCUACCUCUACUCCUCCGAGCUCUGCUUUCUCCCAGACUCUUCCCCCACGGCCUUCACCUGCCCAGUACCGGGCUGCCAGCACAACGAGCACCACCCGCGCUUCCUCCCCAGUCUCAUCCCCUUCCCCUGUUCACCACAACGACCAGCACCCGCGCUUCCGCCCGCUCAAGUCUCUCUCCUCGCUGCACACCCACCACCUCCGCGUGCAUGGUUCCAAGCCAUUCACUUGCUCCCGAUGUCAGGUCAAGUCCUUUGGCCUCCAAUCCGACCUGCGAGCACACGAGAAGCAGUGCGGUGUGAAGCGGUGGCACUGCUCCUGCGGGAACUCCUUCAGCAGAAAGGACAAGCUAGCCAACCACCUCAACACCUUCACCGACCACUCCCCUCUCUACAACCUCCAACCAGUCGACAUCCCCGUUCAGCCAAGGCAGAAGCAGCAGAAGAAGAGACAGCUUGAGGCACAGACGAUGCAGGUAGAGGUGCAGGCGAGGCAGCUUGAGGCGGGUGUACAACAGGUAGAGGCGCAGGUGGAGCAGGCUGAAGCCCAGAGGAAGCAACUGGAAGCCCCUCCGAAAAACGCCAGGCACAUAAACCACGUGGCAUUCACGGAUCAGUCCCCUGCCAGUGCCAGUCACGUGGGGCGCUCUGCCAGCUGUGCUUCCGAGGGGACCCACCCCUGGGGGCAAAACGCCGUGGAGAGAAACGCAUUGGAGAGGAGUGGCUCACAAGGGAACGAGGCGAGGAGUGGGUAUGUGUCGCUGCUGCUGCAAGAAGCGCAAGGGUUGGACCAGAAGUCUCCCUUGCAAGCAGAGGGUUCACCACACCUCCCCGGCCUUGCUGCAGCACCACCCCUCCCCGCCCUUGCCACAGCAACACUUGUCCCCACCCUCGCGGUCAGCACAGUUGUCCCCUCGGGAUUCCCUCCUUCCGAGCCUUUCCCUCCCUCCGAGCCUUUCCCUCCCUCCGAUCCUUUCCCUCCCUGCAAGCCUUUCCCUCCCUCCGAUCCUUUCCCUCCCUCCGAUCCUUUCCCUCCCUCCGAUCCUUUCCCUCCCUCCAAGCCUUUCCCUCCCUCCGAGCCUUUCCCACCCCAUGCACUGGCUGAGCCCACGGCUGAUCUGCCAAUGCUGGAUUCACACGCUCAUCUCGCUGGAGGCGUCGUGUCGGGCGAUUAUUGGUUCGGGGAAGAAUGA